AUGCUGCUUUUUCCUCUGCUGGGGGCUCUGGCCCUCUCUGUUUAUGGAAAAUCCCUAAUGGACCCCAGUACUGAAGAGGAGGCCAUGGCAUAUCUCAAGCAGUUUGGAUAUUUACAAAAACCACUUGAAAGUGACAGUGAAGAGUUCAGCUUGGAGGAGGUGCAAAAAGCUAUAGAAGCUUUCCAGCUUGCUUCUCAGCUGCCUGAAUCAGGUUUAAUGGACAAUGCCACUCUGGAGAGGAUGAGGCAGCCACGGUGUGGGUUAGAAGACCCAUUUAACCAAGUUACGCUCCGGUAUCUUCUCUUAGGUCGAUGGAGGAAGAAGAACCUGACCUAUCGCAUAUACAAUUAUACACCAGACAUGCCAAAAGAAAAAGUGAGGGAGGCCAUUAAAGCAGCUUUUAAAUACUGGAGUGAUGUUACCCCUUUGAAAUUCAGGGAGAUCGACUACGGAAGAGCAGACAUACGGAUAUCUUUCCAUCAGGGUGGUGUUGGCUGUUCACGACCAUUUGAUGGUCCUGGGAAAGUCCUGGCACAUGCUGAUAUUCCUGAGUUGGGCACGGUGCAUUUUGAUGAGGAUGAAGAGUGGACUGAAGGAUCAUAUUUUGGUGUCAACUUGCGAAUCAUUGCGGCACAUGAGCUGGGGCAUGCACUGGGUCUGGGUCACUCUCGUUUUAGCAAUGCCUUGAUGGCUCCUGUUUAUUCUGGAUAUAAAUCCAACUUCCGUCUUCAUGAUGAUGAUGUAAAGGGGAUGCAAGCUUUGUAUGGUAAAAAUUGUUUUUGUAAAAAUGACAAAUAUGAAGAGAAAAAGCCAGUCACAACAUUAGCACCAGCUGUUCCAACCCCCACAGGCCCAAUGCCCGAUCCAUGCCACGAUGACCUUGAUGCUAUAAUAUUGGGACCUUAUGGGAAGACCUAUGCUUUUAAAGGAGAUUAUGUUUGGACAAUUACAGACUAUGGCACCGGUCCUGUUACCAAGAUCCAGUCCCUGUGGAAAGGACUUCCAGGAAAUCUGGAUGCUGCUGUGCAUUCCAAACGUACCAAACGCACAUAUUUCUUUAAAGGUGACAAAUUUUGGAGAUACACAGAUUUUAAACUGAACUACGGAUACCCUAAAGCGCUAACUCGCGUACCCCCGAAUAUUAGUGCAGCCUUAUUCUGGGAAGGAAACCAAAAGAUAUUCCUGUUUAAGGGUGACGAUUACUGGCAAUGGGAUGAGCUGGCCUGGAGUAUAUUACAGCCCAAGAAAAUCUCCAGUCUGUUUACUGGGGUUCCUGGAAAACUGGAUGCAGCUCUUACUUGGAAGAACAGCAAGAUCUAUUUCUUUAAAGGAGACAAGUAUUGGCGGGUAAACAAGCAGUUACGCGUGGAUCGCGGAUACCCACUGAGCAAGGCAGAACGCUGGAUGCAGUGCAUCCAUCUAGACUGA